CUCGCCACGAGAUUUUUUCACAUCUUUUUUUUCAUUUUCCCUCCCUUUUAAUAUUUAUAAAUCCAAAUAAAACCCUCUUUCUCUCUAAAUAUCUCGCAUCUCCUUCGUUUCAUCUUCUCCAACCCCUCGAUCUCUUCUUCUUCUUCUCGUCCUCAUCCAUGGAGUCCUCCGGAGCCGCAUCAGACGGCUCAUGCUACUACUCCCGCCUCGGGAUCCGGCGCUCCGCCUCCUCCGCCGAGAUCCGAGCCGCUUAUCGGAAGCUCGCACUGAAAUGGCACCCGGAUAAGUUCGCGAAGAAUCCAACGGCGGCAGUGGAGGCUAAACGGCGGUUUCAGAGAAUUCAGGAAGCAUAUUCCGUCCUCUCGGAUGAGGGUAAGAGAUCGCUUUACGAUGCUGGUGUCUUUGAUCCCUUUGAAGACGAUGACCAGGAUUUUUCUGAUUUCAUGAAAGAGAUGAUCUCGAUGAUGGAUAGCGUCCGGUCGGAGACUCCGGAUAGCAUAGAGGAUUUGCAGCGGAUGUUAGCUGAGAUAAUAGACGGAGGAACAAGCUCUGGAGCGCGACGAGGACCGUCGGAUGGGGCGAAGAGGACACGUGGCAGUUCAUGGGGGAGGCGAUGAAGGCUUUGUUUUGCAAUUUAUUUGUUAUCGAGGGGAUUAUCUGUGAAAGUGUAUAUUAAGGUUGGUUUUAUGUCUCUCUUAUAAAACUAACACUUUUGGAUUAAUAAAAUUUAUUGGAAAUUCCAAUUUGCCGAAACUAAA